AUGCACUCUGAAAAAUUUGAGGAAAAACAUUUUACUAAGGGCAAGUAUCAAAAUUCUACAACCACAGGAUCCUUCCGAAAGGGUUCCCUAACACAUCUGUGGUUUUACAUUUCAAUUCAGGUUGAGGACAACUACAACUUUCCUACUAGACCCACCCUGAAUAGGGACACAGCCAAUGCCACUCUCUUCGGCCAGGCCAUCUCGAAUCCCCACGAAAUCGAUGAUCCCUCGCCUUUCACAACCACGACCUCCCCCGUCGAGUCCGUCCCUGGUCUGGCCCCUUGUUCUCCGUCCCGAAGUGGGCUUUUGGCACCCUUUGCCAACAACUCCCUCGACAACUGGUCGCCUCCUCCCGUCAGUUCUCUCAUAGACCCAUGGCGUAACAACGGCCCCAUCCCUCCAUUCGAUCUCACUUCUUUCUCGAGCCCAAAGAAACCGCAUGCCCCUCGCGAGCAACUUGUCUUGCGCUCGAUUAACGGUCUCAUUCCAAUCACCUACCCCGCAACUCGACCUCCUUUCGGACAGAAGAAGCAGUAUGGGGCCCUGUUCUUGGAUGACGAGGAGCUGGAGAAUACGAGACGUGCGAUUGGUCAAAGUGGCGUGAAGAGUGCUGAUGAGGAAGAGGACGAAGAAGAGACCGAGAACAGAGGAACUCAGGGCACAGCACAGCGGCGACGGAAACGUAUGCUUCUCACUGCCGCAGACUACGUCCUUGCUCUCAGAACCGUCCUCACCGCCAAUCCGUAUACAGCUCAACAUGGGAAGAAGGCCGAUAAGUGGGCAGAGAUAGCGGAGAUUCUUGUGCGGGACAAAGACUGGGGGCACAAGGCUAUUGAUGGACCCAAGCUGCAGUCCAAGAUCACUGGUAUCCUUGACUUCCACAAGCAUCCAAAAGGCAAGCACAAGCAUCUUGCGUCUGUCAUGGGCCACGGAUCUGGGCACUGCAUCACGGCAGGAGCGCUACUCGAUGCACUUCAGAAGCUUCGCAACAAAGCUGAGGACAAGACAAACCAGGAGAAGCUGGAUGUACAAGCUCGCCUCGACAAAGAUCGCCAUGAUGGUGACAUCAUCAUCAAGGCAUCGAUGGAGGGCCUUUGCACCCGUCGUCGGAAGCGUGCCGCAGCCGACCAAGUCGACGAGAACAACGAGAACAAUGAGAACGACAGCCACCCUCCCACCAACAACAAGGGAUCCGGCUCAACCACUGCCCGCAACAACUCUGCUUCUUCCAUUGACAGCACUGGCAGCGGGGAUCGUUCCUCCAAGCGCCGCCGUCUGAUGGAUCAGCGAUCCAACACCCAGGACAAGCUUCUUCGUUUGAUGGAACAGGAUCAACAGCGGCGGGCGAAGCAGGAUGCUGAGGUUGCUGAUACCCUUGCCACCUUUGUGAAACAGUCACAUCAAGACAAGCAGGACAUGAUGUUGCUGUUGCGCGAGAUGAACAAUGGUGCCUCUGGCAGUGGUACUCAGUAG